UCGAUAAAGUUUCAUAGAUUUUAGUUAUAAUUAUAUGAAGUUACUUUAGAUUACAACAUUUACAUAUUUUAUGAAGGUAAUCGAUGAAUGUUUUUGCGCAAUUAAACGCUAAAUCAUGUAUCAGAAAGAUUAUUUACCGACAAUUUUAAUUAAUAUUUUUAGAUGAACUUCAUAAGAAGUGGAUUGUCUCUUCUUUCACUGGGCAUCAAAUCACAAUUCACCCAAUUAAAAGUUCCAGGGAUACUAUGCAAUCAAGUACUACCAAGCAACUCUACAACAUCGCUAGGACUGUUUUCUCGAGCCAUGGCAUCACUAGCUCAAAUGCAUAGAAGUGGACCACACAUAAAAAAGAGGAAAUCAAGAAAUCCUCUCAAUGGAAAUCCUUUUGCUAAGGGUGUAGUGCUUAAAACUGUAAUAAAGAAACCUAAGAAACCAAACUCAGCGAACAGGAAAUGUGUUUUGGUGCGAUUGUCCAAUGGGAAGGAGAUGAUAGCAUAUAUUCCAGGCAUUGGACACAACCUACAAGAGCAUAACAUUGUAUUAGUUCGGGUUGGCAGGUUAAAAGAUUGCCCCGGUGUGAAGCUGAAAUGCGUUAGAGGCAAAUACGACUUGGCACAUGUCAUCAAACAGAAAUCAUAAAGUAAAUUAUUCAUGUUAUUUGUAAUUUAGUAAAAUUAUAGGAAAUAGUUUAAGAUCACUUGUCAUUUUAUUUAUUACUAA